GUCGGGAGCGGGCGGGGCGUGGAGCUGGGAGCGGCUCCGGGAGCGCCUGCGCCGAGCGCCCGGCCAGGGCGUGUUCCUCGUUGGUGCCAGUUUUGCCCGGAUCGGGUGUGCAUCUCUAGCCGCCGAAGCGCGUCCCGCCGAAGCCUGUCGCUCCACGCCCACCCCGCUAGGUGCUGCUCUCCGUGACCAUGUCCAAGUCCCUGAAAAAGUUGGUGGAGGAGAGUCGCGAGAAGAACCAGCCGGAAGUGGACAUGAGUGACCGGGGCAUCUCCAACAUGCUGGACGUCAACGGCUUGUUUUCUUUAUCCCAUAUCACACAGCUGGUCCUCAGCCACAACAAGCUAACAACUGUGCCACCGAACAUAGCAGAACUGAAGAAUCUGGAAGUGCUCAACUUUUUUAAUAACCAGAUUGAGGAGCUCCCCACGCAGAUCAGCAGCCUUCAAAAACUGAAACACCUGAACCUCGGCAUGAACAGGCUGAACACGUUGCCACGAGGAUUUGGGUCUCUACCAGCUCUAGAGGUUCUGGACUUGACCUACAACAACUUAAGUGAAAAUUCUCUGCCUGGGAACUUCUUCUACCUUACCACCCUGCGCGCACUCUAUCUAAGUGACAACGAUUUUGAAAUCCUGCCGCCAGAUAUUGGGAAGCUUACAAAGUUGCAGAUACUCAGCCUGAGGGAUAAUGACCUGAUCGGGCUGCCUAAGGAAAUCGGGGAGCUCACCCAGCUUAAGGAACUCCACAUUCAGGGGAACCGUCUGACUGUUCUGCCCCCCGAACUAGGAAACUUGGAUUUAACUGGUCAGAAGCAAGUAUUCAAAGCAGAGAACAAUCCCUGGGUUACCCCGAUUGCUGACCAAUUCCAGCUUGGUGUGUCCCAUGUUUUCGAAUACAUCCGUUCGGAGACAUACAAGUAAACUCUCCAUUCUUCUCUCUGGAGACGUGCUCUGAACAGUCACCCCCAGUGAUGACAUUGCAGCUCUCAUGCAAAAGCUCGCCUUCUGACUCUCGCCUAUGAAGAUGACAGUUCUCUCUGUGAUGGCCAAAUUAAUUAUCAGAAAUGGUUUGCUGGCAGACAGUCGGAUGCUAAUUAUGAUUGGAACUGUAGGAGCCUUGAAACCCAAAUGUGUUAAUGUUCAUUGUUGUUGAUAAAAAUUAAAAACCAUAAAAUAUGGAAGAAAAAUAUUUUAAGUGAAAACAAUACAGAUUAAGCUAGGAAACUUUAAGUCAACUGUAAUCUGAGUGAAAGCUGUGAUACAACCCACAGUUUGGGAGAAGGGCUUCGAGAAGUAGUUAAUUAAUUGUUAGCUUGUUGGUAGACUGAGAACUGAGCUUGGAUAUUUCAACGCAAAGCCAAAAAAAAAAAAAUGAGCUUUAAUUAAAUUUAAGGUGACUUUUAGGGAAGUGUUUUCAGAAAAUCUAAGUUUGAUUAUCUAAUAUGACUUCAUACUGUGUCCCAGGUUUGUGGAAUCUUUCCAGCAGGUUUUACCUAGGAAGAAUUAUUUUCAAUUAAAUGGACCAUGACCAUUGCAGAAGGAAUCAUGAAACGCACCUGUAAUGCAGAGUCGUGCAGUGAACAAAGCCACCCAGCUCACAAAGGGAUAGUCCAGGAGUCAGCUGUACUAAUGCUGGCUUUGAGAAUCAUCUUCUUUCCCAUCAACACUUACAUUAACGAGGUGGAGAGAUGAAGGCAGGCAGGUGCUUUUUGCCAUUUGAUGCAAAAAGGUUGAAAAUUAAAAAACAAUGGGAAACUUGCUAAUUGUUCCAUAUACGUAUGUGAAUGCGCUUCCAUUCUUUAGAAGCACUUACAAUAUUCCAAGCAUACAUUCUAGAAUAAUCUUUAAUGACUAAGAAAACAAAAGGCACCCAUAAACACUUGGGGGAGGAUUUUAUUGGGGAAGGGUCUUAAUCAUUUUUUUCUCAGAGAAAGUUAAAUAAUUUAUGAUUUCUUGUUAAAAUGUGGUGACUAAUAUAAAUAACCAUCUAAAAAAUAAAU